AUGAACGGGGAAGAGAAAAAUGAGAGCUUUCAAAAGUCUAAUCUCUAUCCGGAACUUAACGAAAAGCCAAAUGUGCAACUUAAAAGUAAUGAGGAUAUGAUUAAGGUGAUUAAAGCAGCAGAUUUUGCAGCUCGUAGACAUCGCUUUCAAAUGAGAAGAGAUGGCCGGACACCUUAUAUAAACCAUCCGGUUGGAGUUGCCUAUCUUUUGACGAGGUUUUGUUACCUAAAGAAUGUAUAG